AUGGAGACUAUUAAGAAGGACAGGAAAAAGACAAAGCAUGGCGUUUUGAUAAAUCUCAGGGUAGGUUCGCCGCCUCUCAAGCUACCCCGGAAGCAACUCCGCUUUCUAAAACUGGGGCAAGAGCAUAUUCAACUAGUGUUUGUCGAAGUCGCGCGAUGCAACAUUCUUCACCGUCAGUAUGGUACUACCGCCUUACCCGCAAAGAUUGCACUCAUCGGUGCUUGUGGAUAUACAGGACACAAUUUGAUUGCUCUUGUCAAUAAAAACCCUCAUCUUUCGCAAAAAAAGAAUGGUGAAGUCGAUUGUUGGGUUGUGGCCUUGCCUAAUGGCGUAUGUGCCCCGUUUGUUGAGGCCGCUGAAGUCUUAGCGCUGACUAUAGAUUCACGAACGAGUGGAACGGUUUACCCGAACUCGGCAACCCGUGAAGCAAUGCCCACAUGUUUCAUCGCCAAAGAUGGCAAAUUAUUUCAAAGACAAUCUUAUUCCCUACAGUCUUACGAACCAAUUCAUGAACACACCAUCUUGGCACAACUGUCAAUUUUCACUCAUGUUGCACCUUCUUCUAAGGAAUUGCGUUGA